AUAUUAGGACUGAAACUUAAAAAUCUUCUUAUUCUCUGCAAAAUUUGGGAGUUUGUGUGUGGAUUUGGGCGAAGAGAAACCUUUGCUUUGACCUUUCAUCUUGCCUUCCCUUAAAUUAAACCCUAACCUCUUUCUCCGCCGAUAAAAACCCGCCGGAAAAACGAUCUUUCAUCAUCGGAAAAAAUUAAGUCAAUCGAUCGGCUAUGGCGAGUUUUACCAAAUUCUGCGCGAUGAUUCCGCUGAUGCUCGUAAUGUGUUCGACGAUUUUCCGCUGUGGAACAGGUUCCGCCGUGUCUGAUUAUCCGGCGGCGUUCAACUUCGGCGAUUCGAACUCCGACACCGGCGAGCUCGUCGCCGGCGAGGGAUUCAGCCUGGAUUUGCCUUAUGGACAGAGUUAUUUCAAGACUCCUUCGUCUGGAAGGUUCUGCAAUGGCCGCCUCAUCGUUGAUUUUCUAAUGGAUGCCAUGGAUUUGCCUUAUCUGAACGCGUAUCUCGAUUCCAUUGGGGUGCCGAAUUUCCGGAAGGGUUGCAAUUUUGCGGCUGCCGGCUCCACUGUCCUUCCCGCCACUGCUACAUCUGUUAGCCCUUUUUCGUUUGGGGUUCAGGUGAAUCAAUUUCUCCAUUUCAAAGCUAGGGUUCUUGAGCUUCGAGCAGCCAAAGGUGCUAAGAAACUUGACAAGUACCUACCAGCCGAAGAUUUCUUCCAGAAGGGGCUUUAUAUGUUUGAUAUUGGGCAGAAUGACCUUGCUGGUGCAUUUUACUCCAAAACUCUCGACCAAAUUCUUGCCUCUAUACCUUCCAUUUUGGUUGAAUUUGAGAGUGGAGUUCAGAGACUGUACGACCAAGGUGCCAGGAUUUUUUGGAUUCACAACACAGGUCCUCUAGGAUGCUUGGCUCAGAAUGUUGCUAAAUUUGGAACUGACCCAUCAAAGCUUGAUGAAUUUGGAUGCGUCAGUUCACACAACCAAGCCGCCAAACUCUUCAAUUUACAGCUUCAUGCUCUCUGUAAAAAACUGCAGGGCCAAUAUGCAGAUGGGAACAUCACGUACGUCGAUAUCUACACGAUAAAAUCGAACCUCAUCGCCAAUUAUUCACGACUCGGUUUUGAACAGCCUAUUAUGGCUUGCUGUGGCAAUGGAGGUCCACCGCUCAACUACGACAGUCGAAUCGUCUGCGGGCAAACGAAGACGUUGAACGGGACGGUGGUCACAGCAAAAGGGUGCGAUGAUAGCUCGGAGUACAUCAAUUGGGACGGAAUUCAUUAUACAGAGGCUGCAAAUCAGUAUGUGUCAUCACAAAUACUCACUGGAAAGUAUUCUGAUCCACCCUUCUCAGACAAAAUGCCUUUCCUUCUGAAGCUCAAGUUCUAGUUUGGCUUGGAUUUGAUUAGAUAAUUGAUUUAUAUAAUGUCUAAAUUUAAAGCAUUCAUUUGGGAUUUGAGACUUAACAAUGGAUGAAUUUAUGUUUAGACAUGGAAUCAAAUAAUUAAUUCUCUCAUUCAUUUUA